AGAUUUUGUGCUGCCUAUAAAUUGAUAAAACCCGCGAUCGCUGGCUCAACGUGACCACUGUCACUGCUCGCGGUAUUUAGCAAACGUUUUUUUUUGUUUGUCAAUCAUGAAGCUCACCGUUUUAGUUAUUUUAAUUACGCAAGUACACUUGUUCUCGUGUCAAAAAAGCCGUAGAAUAUCGAAUCCAGUUGAUCAUUAUCAAGAACCCGCACGUUACGGAGCUCAAGAACUACCACCAAGUAUGCGUCGUACUUCUCCCGCUGAAGAUGGACCUAAAGAAUCAGAAGUAUAUGGUUUGAAAGACCUUCCUAAUUCUCGAAGAGGAAAAAUGAUGCCCGGCGUCGGAUCACGUGGCCUAGUUGCUAGUCGUUUGAGAGAAAUUUUCAGAAAAGAUACCUCUCCUAAUCAGCAAAUAAUAAUUAUAACCCCACCGCAAAAUAAUCCCGACCAACCUCACCCUAGUGCCAGAAAUUUGAACUCUGCAACCGAUUCAAGCGACAACGAAGAAAUUGAACUUCCAUCACACGGAUCCGAUGACCUCAUAAUAACAGACAAUGAUCCCGCAUUGAGCGACACAGAAGUGGUUGUUCAAAGUGCAUCUCGUCGUUCAAAUAGCCGCAAAUCGAACAGGAACAAAAAUAUCAACGUCAACAACAAUGCGAAUGCAAACCGUCAAUUUGAUUACUCGCUUCCACAAGAUUAUCCUGAAGAUACAGAUCCCGAGAUUGUUGACUACCCCACUGAUCUAGAAGACCGACGAUUUUCAAACGAUGAUGUCCAGAUAAUAAGAUUGGGGCCGACGUCACGAAGUACAAGACGUCGAUUGUCUGACAACAGAAAUACUAAUGUCAACACCAAUGUCAACACCAACAGCGAUGCUCGUCGACGACUCAUCUCUCGCAACAGAAACACAAAUGUCAACACCAACGUCAACACCAACAACGAGGCAAGACGACGAUCUCUUAAUGACAACAAAAAUGUUAAUGUAAACAUCAACAAUUUAAACGCUGACAAUGCUGAUGAUGAGACUGCGACGAAUGACGUUGAAGCUGGUAAUGCAGACGGUGACAAUGUCGUUGAAGCUAAUGACGAUACAAUUUAUGGUGACAGUGUCGUAAGUCCGGUGUCAGUUAUUAGUAGGCGUUCUCAAGGUGAACAGACGUUGCGAGCUGAUGACAGUAACGGAAAAAGCCGAAGAGGCAGUCGUAGAUCGAAGACUUUGGAUCCGUCUGCUAGUCAAGUUCAGUCGCGUAGAAAUUUAAAGUCUGUAGGAUCUAGUAGUCGAAGAAAUGUCCUGGUUGAAGUGACUUCUCUAGAUAAUGAUGAUAACAGUCGAAGAGUAGACGAUUCUCCGGGCAAUUCCUACAGUCGAAGAAAUUCUGAAGCUGAAAAUUCAGGCAAAAGACGUAAACUAGUUAUCGUUGGUGAUUCCCCUGCUGCUUACGGUCUUGAUGAUUCUGAUAAUCAGAUAAGCGGCUCUCGCAGAAGGAGUCCUACAAUUAUCGUGUCAGCUCGCAGAUUCUUGAGAAAUCGCAAUGACAAUAAGAACAUAAACAUCAAUAACAAUGUCAACGACGCAGCUGUUGAUGACGAUAUUAAGGUUUCUUCGCGAAGACGAUUGACAUCCUCAGGAAUUUAUGAUGAUAAUGCUGCUGAUGGUAUUUCUAGUUUAGUUCAGCAGUUCCGUAGGCAUCGUGCGCGCACUAAUAAUGAAAAUAAAAAUGUUAAUAUAAAUGUUAACAGACUCGAUAGCGCUGAAAAUGUUUAGUUUGACUCGUGGCCACGUCAUAGAAUUUUAUUAUUUUUAUUUUUAAAAUUCUUACAGCGAACCUUAUAUACAAAUUUGUUCAAUAAAUGUUAAUGGAGUAUAUUUAAAUAAAUAAAUAAUUUGUGGAUCAAUAAUUAGCGAAUUUAUUAUUUUGAAC